CCCGCCUCCCCUCGCCCCCUCCACCGCCUUUCCGCGGCCGGGGCGGGCGCCGGGCAGGGCCUCGCCGGCGCGGAGCCCGCGGUCGCUGCUGCUCCCUAGGAGCUGGCGUGGCCCCUGCCGGGCCAGUCGGGGAGACCGUUAACGGUUGCCAACGGCUUUCGGAGACGGGAUCCGGGCUGGGGCCUGCUGCCGCCGUGGGAGCCGCUGGGCGCGGGGACGGGGGCGGUACUGGGGCCCCCCCUCAGCCAGCCGAGGGGGGGGCUGCCCUGCCGGGGCGUCUGAGCCAGGCGAGGGGCGCCGGUUCCUACCCCGAAAGUCGAGCGAAACUUGAUGGAAAAUGGCCAGAUAGGUUAAAAUUUCCACAGAGAAAUAAUCAUGGGAAAAAUGGUGAUGCAUACAUUUUUCUUGUAGAGGAACAUACAUAAAGAUAAAGAUGGUUCUAGGUGAGCAAGAACAAUUCUUAUCCUACAAUGGAGAAGUCCUUAUAUUUCAUCUGUCAAAACCAAAUCACGUGGAGGACGCAGCUGAUAAAACAAUGAAUUUAUGUGUCAGAAGAAUGGCGUUCAACAGAGACACUAAAAUGUUUGCUCAGAAGUCUUCUGGAGUAUUCAGCAUGCGUGCCAGUCACUUAAAAAUGGAAAUAAUUUAUUGUAGCUGCACAACGGAUUCCAGAACCGGAAUUAUUCUUCCCUGCAUUUUGAUGAAAAAGAAAAAAAAGAACAAUGUUGUCAAAUACCUUUUAUUGUUGCUUCACAGCUCAAAUCAAUUUGAGCUGUCCUUUCAUUUUAAAUUGGAUUAUGAGCUGAAAGAAGACAUCAAGUUGUUCACUGGCCCUUCGGUCUUGUGGAGGCAUGCCAACAAGCUGUUCUACAUCUCUCCCAACACCUGCACAGUUCUAAGUGCUCCUGUUCAGCUUUCUUCUGUUGUGUGGACAGGUGAAAUUGAGGAUGAAGGCACUGUUGUUUUAGGGAUAAGAACUGCUCACCUGUCGGAUAACAAAGAUGACGAUGGAUUUCCUACUUCAGACAGAGCCAUCUGGGGUAGUGAGUUCUUUGGAUACGUAAUUGAAACACAAAAAACGCUAAGCGGCACAUGCUUUAUGCCUGAUGCUUACAGCAGAGUGGUAUCUUCUGUCUACGUCUGCAAGAAUGAGACAUUGAAAAAACAGCCCCGAAUAUCACUUGUCGCCAUAACUCAAAAGAAUCAGUUUAUUUGGUUCCAAGAUGGGCUCCCUAAAGCUGUUUGUGAGCUUCCUUAUGAGAAACCAUGUUCAGUAACAAGAGCUGUAACCAGUAGUAAUGAUUUGCAAUUUAUUGUGUCUUUUGACUCCGGAAACGUUUGUGUUGUACAAAGGGGAGAGAGUUUAAAGGUGGCUUCCAAAUGGCAAAAAGUGAAGUCUGUUCUGGUGGAUGAUUUUAUUGGCUCUGGAAGUGAGCAACUGUUACUGCUUUUUAAGGAUGACUCCAAUACCGAUGUGCUAAGUGCGUUCAAAAUAACAGAUCUUGGAACGGUCAACUAUGCAAGUGGUAUUAAUUAUAAACAUGUUCCUGCUGCAGAAGGAUUGCAAGAGAAUAGUUUGCUUACUGUCCGAGCCCUUAAAACAAGAUUACAGGCUGGUUGCACCUCUGUUCGAGAGUUACAGCAGCAUUUAGGACUCAAAAAGAGGGUUAUUCUUGAAUCUUGCAGAGCAUUAAUAGAUCUUGUUGAAGAAAGAACCCAUAUUCUACCAACUGCAAAAGAGGAAGGUCUUGUCUCUCUCUGGGAUGAUGUAGAAAAUCCUCCUCAUUCUCUUAGUAAAGAGACAUCAUUGGCGCCUAAAGUCCCAGAGCACUUCAUAGAGAAAUUGUGGCAGCGUGUUGUGGGUGACAGCUUGGUAGUUGGAGUAAAACUAACUGAAUCAUUUUACUUGUCACUGAGUGAUAUCAGUUUAUCUUUAGUGAUGGAUCAAGACUUCUCUUCAAUUUCUCCGAUUAUCAAGUGUCAAAAUAAAAUCAUUAAGCUGAACAAAGCCUUCUCAGCAUUGGCUGUCUCCUCAUGUCAAAUGGAGCCUCCUCCAAAAAAGAUGAAAUUGGACUUGCACAGCAAGAAUGAUUUGAAAAAAGAGUUUCCUGAGAGAUGUUCAAGGGUUCAGCUGGAUGGAGCAAAGACAAUCAUUGCUGUUACCAGCCUUUCACCAUUACUGGCAUUUCAUCGUGUAUGUUGCAUAGUUCUUCUACAUGCAAAGAAACAAAACCACCAGAAUGAUAGUUUACUGGAGAGCAAAAAGAUAACCGUACUCUGUGGGAAAAUUUUGUUAAGUCUGGAAGAUAUUUCAGAUGGAAAAUAUACAGUAAAGAUGCUAAGGAAUAAAAGUUACUGUACAGGUUCCAUGGAAGAUAUACUUGCUGUCCUUGCAGUAUCUGUCAGAUUCUCCUUUCAGAUUGUGUCUUCUGACUGCACACUGACUCCAGUAAAUUCAUGGCUACUGGGAGAAAUGAAGUGCACACCAUUUAAGGCAUGCCAUGACAAUAUAUUCUGUCAUAAAGCAGGAAAUAUGUAUGGUACAGUUUUUAAGUGGACGCUGAAAAAUCCAUUUGAAGGAGUUCUAACAUUAUUUUGCAGAAAUCUGACUGUCUUGUUCCAGUGCCUUCAUAGCCUUAUUAGAGUUCUCCCACCAAGAUGUGAUGUAAAACUCCUGAGAUAUGGAAGAAAAAGUGUACUUACUGAACAGUUAGCACUGUCUUUGGAAAAGGAAAUGCUCACCUCAAGGAGUUCAUUCUUCUCAAAAGAAAGUAAAGCCGAAAACAGUUUGACAUGGGGGAAUGAGCAUGGCAAGAAAAUCAGUGAUGCUUCUGUGGCUUCUUUACUGGACAGUGAGGAAGGAGUUCAGCAAUUCAGAAAGAAGCUUCAGAAUGAACGGGAAGAGAGUAUGCUAAGUAUGAAUCAAACAAUGAAUGGUGCCCUUUACCAGGAAAUUGCUUUGAAAAUAGCAGAAGCUCAGCUUAGUUCAGAUAUGAUUGUGUGGCAACUGAGCAAGUCCUAGAAACUAUUCACUAAAUUUAUUUAGAAUAAAGUUUUAUUAAAAUUAUACUAUUAAAUAA